AUGGCUGUUGCUUCCUCCUCCGCCAAUCUCCCAAGGCUUCCAAGAUCGGGGCUAGGGCUCUCGAAUCGCAGCUCCAGCGGCGCCACUCGGCGGGGCGCCUGUGUCCGGUGCGCGUAUGCGCCUCGCGGCGGGAGGGUCGCCCUCGCGGAGCGCGCAGCGCAGCCGAAUUUCUACGAGGUUUUGGGAUUAUCGUCGCAAGACGUGGAUUUGUCGAGCAUCAAGCUGGCCUACCGGCAAAUGGCGAGGAAAUUUCACCCGGAUGUGUGCCCCAGGGAGGAGAUGGAGGAAUGCACGCAGCGAUUCAUUGUUCUCCAGGAGGCGUAUGAGACGCUGUCGGAUUCCAGGCGCCGUGCUAUGUACGAUCUCGCCAUCUCGGGCGCGCUCGAUUCGCACGGGAUUGCGGUGUCCUGGGCGACGGAUUUCGAGCUAUCCGGGCUGAAGAGAAGGAGCGCCGUGAAAGAACACGAGAAUCGAGAGAGCUGGGCUGCGAGGAUCCGGCGGCAACAGCAACAGCAAUAG